AUGCCUGCCCACCUGGCCACCAGCGAUAAGCUGACCUUUGAGGCCAUCGCGCAGAUUCUCGAUGUGAAUGUCCGUGGCUUCACCUGCGCCACGCGA